UUUCUUUCAUUUAUUUUUAUUUUUCAGCAUUUUUGUUAUUCAUGAAUGUAGUCUAUGAAACAUGGCAAGCAGAAGGUCCUCUCGAAUUGCUAUCCUAAAAUCUGCUGAGCUUAAAUCAAACAAGACUAGAAGUGCUAGUGAUGGAUACAUUUCUAAGAAAAAGCAGGCUAUUAAAAAAAUAACUAACAACAAAAAAGUAAAAAAAGAAAACAGCAUUGUUCAUUCCAAUGAGAUUGAUUCUUCAAUAAUUAAAGAAGAAGAAACAUUUGAAUGUAAAGGUUUGGUGCCUGACAAGCUACUUGAAUUGCCCAAAUCUGCUAUUAAAAAAACGUCACAUAAAAAUGCCAAGAGUGAGAUGACUUUUUCAAACCAAGUUUCUCCCACUGGAGCCUCAAGAUCAAAGUUCCCUGGCAGGCUAGUGAAGGAAGCUUCUCAAGAAAUACUUGCUCAGAAAAAGAGAUCUCCUGCAGUCAAUGUUGUUGAAGAGAUUGAAGUAAUUCAUUCUGUUACCAAAAAAAGAUGCCUUGAAACUCAUGACUUGAAACUAGAUCAAAUGAGAGUGAGAGUGUUGGUAGAAACUCUCCACCCGAAAGCAUCUGAAGCUUUAAAUAAACUCAAUAUUGAGAACCUCAGAGUUUCCCAUAAAACUUCAGAUUGUUUGAAAAGUAAUCUGGAUGAAAACAGGAAAGAGUUAUGUGAGAGUGGAAGUAAAGCAAAAGAAGAAAGAAGUAAAAAUAAAUGUACAGAACAACCUAAAAAAGGCCGGAAGAAACUGCGGCAAAAAGUAUCUAAUGAGAGAGAUACCAAAUGGAAAGCUGCUUCAGAUUUGGAACUUAGUGACUGGGAGGAUGUUGGUAAUCGUGAAGAUGCAGAGAUUUGGGAUGACAUCAACUCCCUCAUGAAGAAAGAUGAAGCGGCAGCUCUCAGCCUACUUGCCAAAAGAGAUGCUGAAGAUGCCAAGGAAAAUAAAGAGGUAGCAUUGGAGCCUGCCUCUGUACAAAUUGAGCUUGAGGCUCCUACUCUAUGGGGCAGCUAUCGCAGCAAAAAAAUGAAGUCCAAAGAUUAUGAGAUGCUGCAACAGCUCAAGCUUGAGGUGAACCGUAGCAUCCGUGAAAAUUACUUAAACAGCCACAAGGUGCAUCUGUUGCUACUGUUUGGCCAUGGACUGCAUAUAAACAGGCUUCUUAACUCUGAAGAACUCUUGGCAUGUGCACUAUCUAUCAUCACCAAUGAGGAGGUCUAUCCUCCCAAGAGUAUCAGUCUUAAUUAUUUAGAAAACUUAACUUGUUGGUACUGCAAAGAAAUAACUCGUGUGGAAAGUCCACUUGAAAAAUUCUACUGGAUGCAAUCCCUGAAAUUUUACCUUAGAGAAAGGUUUGAAAAGAGGCAAGCAAAAACAGCUCGGGAAUUUGUCUACAUGUUUAUUUUGGUAGCCAGAGCUUUAGGAAUGCCAGUGCGUCUUGUACAGUCAAUUAAGCCUAUGCAUUAUAGGCCUAGCCACAAGGACUUGUUCAAGCCAAUGAAUGAAGAUGGAUCCAAAUUCCUGAAAGACCAUGGACCUCCAUCAUCUAAAUCCUCAAAUAAAUCUCACAAUGUGGAUGAAUCAAAAUUAAUUGAUCCUGAAGCAUCAAAAUUCAAGAGAGGUCAAGCACAAUCGAGUAAUUGUGAUCAUGAAUCAAAAAGGUCAAAUAAACCAGUCAAGAGGAAAGUUAAAAAAAAUACCUACAAUGACAAAUUUCAAGAUGAUGAUAGUUCUGACAGUGAUUUUGAAGGCACAAGUGGCAAGAAAAGGAAAUUAAAGAAAAAGGGUGUCACAAGUCCUGGCAGUAACAGCUCCUUCAAAAGCACAUCGAGCAGCAGCGGAUCUGGUAGCAAGAGGAGAUUGUCUCAAGACUCAGGUAACGAGUCCGGUAGAAAGAAAAAGAAACUUGAAGAGCACAACGAAUGGGCCGAGAUAUACGUGGAAGAAGAGGAGCGCUGGGUCUGCAUUGACAUCAUAAGGAACAAAAUUGACUGCCAUGAUGAACUUGCCAAGCUGGCGCUUGCGCCGGUAGCCUACCUGACGGCGUUCAAUGCAGACCAGAGUGCCAAAGACGUCACCAAGCGCUACGUCGCCAAGUGGCUUUCAUUUGAAAAUAAGCUACGGUGCGACACCGUCUGGUGGCAGCAAGUGCUUGCUCCCUACGCACCAAUCUUCACAGCCCGUGAGAAGGCAGAGGACAAGCAGCUUGAAGAGACCCUCAGGCAACAGCCCCUUCCCAAGACUAUAGCUGAGUACAAGAACCAUCCAAUGUUUGCCCUCCAGCGACACCUGCUGAAGUUUGAAGCAUUCUAUCCCCCGAACCCCGACCCCGUGGGCUACGUUAGAGGCGAGGCUGUGUACCCGCGCAAUCGUGUUUACACGCUCCACACUCGCAACACGUGGAAGAAGGCGGGCAAGACGGUUAAAGUUGACGAAGAGCCUUACAAAAUCGUCAAGACGCUCAAGUUUGACCGAGCUCUCUGGCAAAUGAUCAAAGACUUGCCUCUGGAGAUAUUUGGCCUAUGGCAAGUGGAGGACUACCAGCCACCCGUGGCCAAGGAUGGGCGGGUGCCGCGCAACGAAUACGGCAACGUUGAGCUCUUCAAGGAGACGAUGUUGCCUGUUGGCACCGUGCAUCUCGACGCUCGCUACGAAGACCUGAACCGUGUUGCGCGUAAGCUAAAAAUUGACUGCGCGCCAGCAAUGGUUGGCUUCGAAAACCACAGAGGAGGAAGCCACCCUCUCUUCGAUGGUUACGUCGUGUGCGAAGAGUUCAAAGACCUACUUCUGGAUACCUGGAGAGAGGAGAUGGAACUAAAGGAGAAACGUGAGGAAAUAAAGCGUCUACGCCGCAUAUACGACAACUGGAAGCGUCUCAUUCAAGGUAUGCUCAUAAGGAACCACGUGUGGGAGAAGUAUGGCCAGGUUUCAGAUGAAGAUGGACCAUCUUCAAGCAAAAAGUUGAAACCAAAAUCACGUGAAAAGACUCUGAAAAUUCAGAAGAUAAAAAAGAAUAACAUUGAGACGAAGCAGCCAAAAGCUGAACAGAAAGUGCAUCUUGGAAUCGACAUGAAUAGCGACACCGUCGUCAUGGCCAAGCUGAGUUUCAAAGCCUCGCUCAGCAGUCGAGGGAUGGUUCGAACGACCAAGACUGCCGAGGACGAAACACUGGCUGCUAUUGAACCCAAAAAAGAAGACCUUCUUAUCGACAGUGACGAAGAGGCCAAAGAGACUGAGGAAGACAAGAAGGCAAAACUACGCAAGAUUUUAGCAUGGAAUUCCUCCUAAAUUAGGAACAAUGGCCAACCUCAGCGAUGAUUCGGAUUCAGAUGAGAAUGUGGUCAGUGAGCUUGACCAGGAAGUUGAUCAAAGAUUAUCUCGGCCCAAGUCAAUGAAGGGGAAGGGAGUUUCAUCCCGUAUGGUUCUAACUUCCAUCUCAGGCGAUGAAAGCAACCAUCGCGCCAUGAAGGAAAUGCCCCUCUCCGUAAAAAGUGGAAAAAUAAAGAAGCGUAAUUGUAAAUCGCUUUCAUCAUCUGUCAGAAAUUUAUCCAAGACCAGAGGACUGUCGACCAAAAGAAACGAGAAAGUGGCUGCUUGUGGUGAAAGUGAAGGUGGAAUGGCGUUGGUUUCUGUUACGCAUGUACGUCGAUCGAGUCGCCUAAGUAUCAAUCACAAAAAUAUAUUUUACGAAGAGAGCAAAGAAAACGAUUUAUCUCUAGGGGAGAGUGAUUGUGAGGAUAAAACUUACAAGUCCAAGUCGUUACCCAAACGACAGCGAGCAGCCGGAGCGCUCAUGCUUAGUGAGGAGAGUGACUGACAAAAUUACGCGUUUAUUAUUAUU